UAUAAUAAUCAAAGCCACAAGUAAGCUGCGUCAGUAUUGUAUUGAUCUUCUUAGAGUGAUCAUACAUAUUUGAGACAAAACAUAAUAUAAAAUUUUACUAAAACAUAAUAAACUUGUGACAAAAUGGAGAAGUUCUUCUUAAUACUUAUUAUAGCAGCCUUAAGUUAUGAAGCAUUUGGCAUGAGCAACAGACAAAAGCGACAAAAUGAAGAAGAAGGUGAUUUAGAAGAUAGAUUUGGAUGGAAUUGGUUAAACUCUGGGCGGUUUCCUCCUUGGAGACCUGGCCCCCAAUUACCAAACCCAGGAUCGCGUCCCGAGCCAGUACCCCGUCCCGAUCCAGUACCGCGUCCCGUGCCCGAUCAGAGUACAACAUCAUCCACAUCAACAGCUAAUCCCAACGUAGAUGGAAACCAAGCCAACAUAGACCAGUGCCGCAGAACCUGUCCUGUGACGUCAGAGUACAACCCAGUUUGCGGCACAAACGGCGUAACUUAUAAUAACCCAAGCAGAUUGUUCUGUGAUCAGUCUUGUGGAGUCAGUGUAACUCUACUGAGGUCGUCGAGGUGUCCUACUGCAACAGUUGCGCCUACCGCGUAAUCUAUUAUAUUGUGAUAAUUAAAUUCUUUGUUUUUAAGGAACAAAAAUAAACCUUAUAAAAGUGUUCUAAUUAACUUGUAUAAUAAAGUAGUGCUAAAAAUUAA